UCUGUACCCAGGAGGCGGGGCCACCGCUAAUAAAGCCGGGGGCCGGCAGGGCAGCUGCAGCUAAGUUCCACCACAGCUAGAAGUCCGGGUGGUAAGCCAGAGGCGGAGCUCUGCGGUUCCGUCCACUUCAGCCGCAGCGUCUUCCCGCCGAGUGACCCGCCGCAGCGUCCGGAGGGGAGACGGACUCGCCACUCCUUUUGUCAGAAAAAUGUCUGCUCCAGCUCAGCCACCUACUGAAGGGGCAGAAGGGAAUGCCCCAGGAGGAGGCCCCCCUGGCCCACCUCCUAACAUGACCAGUAACAGACGACUACAGCAAACCCAGGCACAAGUGGAGGAGGUAGUGGACAUCAUGCGUGUAAAUGUGGACAAGGUUCUGGAGAGGGACCAGAAGUUGUCAGAACUGGAUGACCGAGCUGAUGCCUUGCAGGCAGGAGCAUCACAAUUUGAGAGCAGUGCUGCCAAGCUAAAAAGGAAGUACUGGUGGAAAAACUGCAAGAUGAUGAUCAUGCUGGGAGCUAUCUGUGCCAUCAUCGUGGUAGUUAUUGUAACCCCAGGAACAACAGUGCAAGAAGGAAGAGGCUGCUGGCAAAGAUGACUCCUAACACCAUUCUCUCUGUGGAUGAGAGCAGCACGGACAGGAAUCAUCUCAUGUGCUGAGCUCUUGCUCCCAGUUCCCCCUGCCCAAAGGGAGGAGGAGCAUGGGUAUGUGUUUGUGAGUCCCUUGUGGAGGAGCUGGGAUCAUGCACUCAGAAGCAUCUGAACUUACUUAACAUGGCAGGUGUUCAUGUGUUGCUCUGCACACACUUCUCUGCCACUUUCCACCUUAGGACUUUUUUUUUUUUGAGAGGGUCUGGCUGUCAGCCCAUGUUGGCCUGGAACUCCCUAUGUAGCCCAGGCUGGCUUCAAACUUUUGAAACUCCUGCCUUCUCCUCCCAAGUUCUGGAAGUAUAGGCAUGCAUCACUAAAUUUACCUCUCAGGACAUUUUAAAAAUUGCCUUUUGAGUGAAAUUGAGUUUAGGCUAGUCAUUUAUAGUUAAGCUAGGAUUUUCUAAGUAGCUGGGAUGGUAUGAGUUGAGGCAAAACCUGUUUUGCUCACUGUAGUGAGCAGCCAAAUAAUGUCCUACACUCCCAUAUGUUUGCAUUUUAAAGUGCACAUUCUUUUCCGCCCCUUCCCUGUUUAAAACCUUUCAACAUUCUGUGGCUUUCAGGAUGAAGUUCCAAUUUGAAGGCCCAUUGAGAUUAUAGAGUUUAACCUUGUAAGGGGAAUCAGCCUGCCUAUCUUUCACAUUUUCUCUUUUACUAUUUAUUGAUAGGCAACCUUGAGGAAGCUACUUAACAUCUCCAAGUGUUAGCUUACUCAUCUAUAAUAUGGGAGUAAUGCUCAGCAUGGUGGUACAUGCCUGUAGUCUCAGCUACUAGGGGGUGGGUGUUGAGGCAGAAGGAUAGUUUGAGUGCAGGAGUUUGAAGCCAGCCGGGGAAAC